GAGAGACCAAGAGACCUGUUUACUCAUGGCUGAAGGGAAGGCAGGAGUUCUCUCGGGCUUCUCUUGGCCACUUUAAAAUCUGUCACCAAGAAAGGACAAGGUCUUCAAGCUCCUGCAGAAGUCUUGUUCGCUGCUCUCAGUCUUGUGGCUGCUUCUUCAUUUCUGCAUCAUUUGUGGGAAUUUGCUGAUUCCCGCACCCAGAACAGAGACACAGAACCACACAGAAUGAGCGCAUGAAUGAGGAAAUCGUGACUGAGAGUCCUGAGAAGCAUGGGAGGAAGGAAGAUGGCAAGAGACGAGGAAAGCACCUAUGGCUUGGAGGAGGAUUCACACGUCCCAAAGGGGCCCCCACUGAGGCUCAUCCUGGUAGGUCGAACCGGAACCGGCAAGAGUGCCACUGGUAACACCAUCCUGGGCCAGACGUGCUUCGUAUCCAAGCUGCAGGCUGUGCCUGUUACCAGAUCCUGCUCCUGGGCCAACAGGAAAUGGGCCGGCUGGUAUGUUGAGGUGGUGGACACCCCGGAUGUUUUCAGCUCUGAGGUCAAACAGACCGACCCUGCGUGCAUGGAGACAGCCCACUGCUUCCUACAGACGUCGCCCGGGCCGCACGCGCUGCUGCUGGUCACCCAGCUGGGUCGCUUCACCACUCAGGACAGCAAGGUGCUGGCCAGGGUGAAGCGGGUGUUUGGGGAGCAGAUGAUGGCACGGACUGUGGUGGUGUUCACUCGGAAGGAGGACCUGGCAGGAGAGUCUCUGCAGGAUUACGUGCGAUGUACAGACAAUCGCGCGCUGCGGGAGCUGGUGGCUGAGUGCGGGGGCCGCGUGUGCGCUCUAAACAACCAAACCACUGCCCGCGAGCGCGAGGCACAAGCUGAGGAGCUGCUGGGCCUGGUCGCUGGCCUGGUGAGGGAGCACGGGGGCGCGUACUACUCCAAUGAAGUGUAUGAUCUGGUGAGGCCCCUGUGGGGCUCUAACCCCGAGGACCAAGUCAGCAAGGUGGCAGAGAUGGUGGCAAGACGCAUGCACAGGCCCCUGCGCACCAGGCUGCUAACUGGGCUGUGGGACUGGCAGAAAUCUUACAGGAAGAGCUGGAGACGGGGCGUGGCUAUUUUCCUGGGUGUGGCCUUCCUGAUCCACCUGCUGGUCUACAGAAAGGCGCCUCAGACCAUUGGGGACCAGAAUAGCAGAUAAUGCUGGUCUUAGAAGAUGUUUUAACUAAGAAGAAAAUAUUUUAAAAAAGGAAUACUUAGCCGGGCGGUGGUGGCACACACCUUUAAUCCCAGCACUCGGGAGGCAGAGGCAGGCGGAUCUCUGUGAGUUCGAGACCAGCCUGGUCUACG